CCUGACUCUGGGCAGCCUCGGCCAGGAUGGCGCGGUCGGAGCCCCGGGUAGAGGCGAGAGCAGCGGCCGCCCACGGCGCUUGCCUGGAUCCGCCACCCCGCCCCGGCUCGUCCGGCCGACCCCGCUUGUUGCUGCUGCUGCUGCUGCUGCUGCUGCUACUCUGGCCAGCCUUCCUCCGCUCCGCCGCCGCCGCCGCCGCCGCCCGGGCUCCGGAGCCGGACCAGCCCUUCCGGGUCCCCGCCGGCUGGAGGUCUCUGGGCCGCGUGGCCCCCGCCGAGCAGCUGAGCCUGACCUUUGCGCUUCGGCAGCGGAACGUGGAGCGGCUGAGCGAGCUGGUGCGCCGCGUCUCCUCGCCCGACUCGCCCGACUACGGGCACUUCCUCUCCCUGGCAGAAGUGAGUUCCUUCGUCUCCCCCUCCCCCCUGACGCUGGGCAGCGUGGAGAAGUGGCUGGCGGCUCAUGGGGUCUGGGACUGCCAGAAGGUCAGCACCCUGGACUUCCUGCAGUGCUCGGUGCCAGCCAGCACUGCUGAGCAGCUCCUCCCGGGGGCCCAGUUCCACCGUUACGAGAAGGACGCUCGCAGGGUGAUAAGGUCCCCUCUGCCUUACCUGCUUGAUCCGGAGCUAGUGGACCACGUGGAUUUCGUGGGGGGGCUGCACCGUUUCCCAGCCGAACGGAAGGUGGUGAGCCGGGCCUGGGCUGCAGAAAAGUCGCCAUCAGGAGGGGACGGGCGGUCCAGCUUCCAUUUGGGCGUGACACCGGCUGUGCUCCGCCAGCGAUACAACCUGACCCACGUGGAUGCAGGCAACUUCUCGCGCAACAGCCAGGCCUGCGCCCAGUUCCUGGAGCAAUACUUCCACCCAGCCGACCUGGCUGAGUUCAUGCAGCUCUUCGGCAGCAAGUUCCCCCACCGCUCCCAGGUUGACCAAGUCGUUGGGCCCAAGGGCUCUGGCUCAGCUGGCAUAGAGGCCAGCCUGGACGUGGAGUACCUCAUGAGCACAGGGGCCAACAUUUCCACCUGGGUCUUCAGCAAUGCAG